UUCACAGAGAGAAUCAAGGGGCUUCAAAAAGGAAAGAACAGGGACUUCCAGUGUACGCUCAGAGGUAAAAAGACACCUGAAGGAUGUCGAGAAGGGAGAGAGUGAAAACAAACCUCUGCCCAGGCCACUGCCAGCUCCACCCAGAAUAACUGAUGCGCUGAGCCUAUCGCAGCCUACUGCUGCCCCUCCACAUUCCUGCAGGCCACCUCUGACUCAAGACAGCACUGAGAAGAAGGUCAAUCUGCAAACUGCGGUGUCAACAAAGAUGAACAAUAGAAAAGGCAGUGUGACCAAGAAGAGCUUGGGCACAUUACAAAACGAUGCUCUCACUGCAAGACAAAUGGAAUGUAAUUGUGGAGAUACAUUUGAACAGUCUGCCCAGAUGAAUGAGACUGAAGAAUUUCCAAAGGCAAUCAACAUUCCGUCUCGCUUCCAGAGCUCUGUGGUUCCCUUACCGCUCUUGAAAUCUAAAAGGCUUACAGUUCAAGACAGUGACAGUGAUGAAGAAGUGGAAGUAUCGCUAAAGAAGAGCAUCUGUGCCCCAGGGAAGACUCUCUCCCAGUCUAGAACUCAGGUUUCAGAAUUGAAACCCUUUGCAGACAUGACUGACAGAGAAAUGCAGAGGAAAGCAGAUGCUGAAAGACAACGCAAUAAAAGACGGCUGAGAGAAAAGCAGAGACAGAGCCAGGAGACUGAUCUAGGGGAAACGGGAAUGUCUCAGCGCCCAAAAGCAGAGACACAAGAGACAAAUAACAAAAGCACCAAGAAAGAUGAGGCGAGCAAAAGGAAGAAGAAUAGGAAAGAUAAAGAGCUUGCUGCAUGGAAAAGGGCUCAGGCUCAGAUAGAGUCUCUUUUGGAUUCUCAACCAGGAAUUGCCAACGCACGUUUCAGGAAUAUGAAAGCACCCCAGGCUUUUCCUUGGAGAUCAACUCGGGUCCAAGACUUAAGUCAUCAAGUGCCUCAAAUGGAAUUUAAUUCCUACGGAGCCCCACCUAUGACAGCAUACCCCACACGCAAUGGAGAAUGGCCCUGGAUGAACACUCCUCAGACUGCUUUUAGAGGACCUUUGCCUUAUCCAUGGCAAACAGGUCCGUUACCAAACACAAGGCACAAUGCAGAAUUUCUGAGGUGUGUCCAGAACCCUUUCCAGUCGCUGUAUAAUCCAGUGCCUUAUUCCCAGGAUCAACCCCUCAUUUUCUCUCAAUGUUCUGACCUACCUGGUUCAAUGCAAGAUGACGGUGAUGAGGCAAGUGGCAGUGAAUCAAAAUCGACAGAGUCUAAUUCCCCACAAAGCAAUCAAGGAACACAAACACAGACUUUGUCAAUGAAUACUGAAACCACUUACCACCCAGGGCUCCCAGUUCUGAGCCCUGGUUCUGGACACUACCUGCAGCUCCUGAUGUCAUUAACUUCUCAGCCCACAGAUGUUGCUGCCACACAGGUGGGAAGCAGAGGAGAAGUCAUGAAUAAAAACAAGAGUCAAGCCUCCCCUGCUGGGCAGUUCAGUGAGGGGCGUGAGCAAGCAAGAGAACGCCGUAAAAAAUAUAACAAGAGUGUGGCUUCCACAGACGAGGCACAGGUAUCAGAGGAGCAAACACAUCUUCAUAGUAUCGGACAACAGUAAUAGUUCCGGUGUUGCACAUUUCAACAAUGUUCUGUUGGUUUCAGGCAGAUUUUGGAAUCUCUGUUCAGUGGUUUUGCUAGCUUGUGCUGGUUAUAAUAUUAGAUUACCAAGGGCAUUUCAUGCUCAGAAAAUCAUAAACCAACAUGCUGAAAACAUAUGAUGUAAUCAAAGCAAUUAUUUUCUCAAAGUAAUAUGUUUUAAUCAAACUAUUUUUUUAUAGAUUUAAGAUUAUAUUUUAUAGAAUGCAUGCCUUUUCUUAAGAGCAGUGGCAACGUUUAAAAAAACAAAUGUUGAUUAGUUAUCUUGUAUCUUGUUAUCAAUGUUUAUGAAAAUUAAAUAAUACAACAUUUAAGAAAAAAAGAUAUUCUUCUAAAAUUCUUUAUUACUUAUUAUUAUUUAUUUCUUAGCAGACACCCUUAUCCAGGGCAACAAUUGUUACAAGAUAUUACAUUAUUUUUACAUACAAUUACAUUAUUUUUUACACAUUAUUUUUACAUACAAUUACCCAUUUAUACAUUUGGGUUUUUACUGGAGCAAUCUAGGUAAAGUACCUUGCUCAAGGGUACAGCAGCAGUGUCCCCCACCUGGGAUUGAAACCACGACCAUCCAGUCAAGAGGCCAGAGCCCUAACCACUACUCCACACUUAUAAAUUGUUAUUUUCAGACUUGCCAUAUGUGUCGCAGUCAGUAGUUGUUGAUAAAAAAGGACAUAAAAAAACAACCCUCAUUUACCUUUAUCAAGUGUAGUGGCACCAGAAUAAUCAUGUAACUUGCCUACUGUACCGGAAUGAUUUGAUGCCUUUUGUCACUGGUGUUAUGAAGAAAACUAUUAUUUUAGAUCUCAAUUCUGUGUUUGUGGUUGGAUGCAUUUUCCCUGAUAUGGGGUUAGUUUGGAUACUAUGACAGACCCUAUGAGUAUAAUAAUGAGCUGACCGAGACAGGCAAGAAUCUCACAGCACGGCAGAUUUCAUUGACAAAAUCCCCAUGACCUUAAACUGCAGACAACCUAAAGUUAUUUUCAGAAGCUAUAUUGAUGAAAGCCUAUUAUAUGUGAA